GUCUUUAACGUCACAUCACUAAUGUCAAACCAAUUCUCGAAGCGUUGCUGUAUUUUUGGAGUUUUCUCGAUUCCCAAGUGUUUUCCAAUUUAAUUUCUCCACUGUUACCAACUUGUUGAGAAUUCACUGUUUCAGGCUAUCUAUAAAUUAUAGUGUAGGAGACGUUAUAUUCAUUCAAUAUGCCUAAGUAUUAUUGCGACUACUGUGACACUUAUUUAACCCAUGACUCUCCUAGCGUCCGAAAAACACAUUGCACCGGACGGAAACAUAAAGAUAACGUGAAGUUUUAUUAUCAGAAAUGGAUGGAAGAACAAGCCCAACAUCUUAUCGAUGCUACAACAGCGGCAUUUAAAGCUGGAAAAAUUGCACAAAAUCCGUUCGGAACGAAGGGAGCUGCCAUUCCACCACCGUGGGACCCUUCAGUAAUGGGAGGUCCCAGACCACCCGUGCAAACGCCUGGCGGACCACCGGGCAUGAUACCACCUCCGUCAAUGGGUCAUGGUGGACCUAUGGCUCCACCGAUGAUGAUGGGGCCACAUGGACCUAUGCCUCCUAUGAUGGGAAUGCGACCACCUAUGAUGGGUCCAUUAAUGGGACCCAUGGGCCCGAUGGGACCCAUGGGACAGAUGAGACCACCUCUGAUGAAUGGACCUAUGAAUAAAUAGUGAACAAAUUAAACUAAGUGAUAUAAAAUAAGGACUGAUUUUUAGAUUUUAAUAUACCUAAAUAAUGUGAACUAAGUAAAAACCAACCAUAUUUUCAUUUUGUUUAAUUUCCAAACAAGGUAGAUGUGAAAUAUAAACUAGAAGUUUCAGUUUAUAUAAGAGUUGAACCUCAUUGUUCUCUACUAAUGUUUGUUGUUGUUCUCUACUAAACUUUGGUGUCAACAAUAUUAAUGAAUCUAGACCAAUUUACCAUAUUUUUGUUUUCAAUAGUUGCCAAUCUAUGGUGAGUUCUAUAAAAAAAUUAUAAAUAAAUAUUUAAAGUAAGUAUGAUUUAAGUAGAAUGUUGAUUUCAUGAAAGUAUAAGAUCAGUAUGACUAAAAGCUGAUGAAUGAAUAUAUUUCCCUACAUUUAUUAUAGUUUGUGUCAACAGUCAAAAUUAACAGGUUGACUGUAAGAAAAUUUAAAAGAUGUGUACAACAUGUACAAUCUAAGAAAAGACUUGUCAGUCGCCACAUUUGCUCAUGUGUCUACUGUCCUAAAGACCAGUUUCUUCUUCUUCACUUGGCCACCAAGGCUUAUUGUAGUGCCAACCCAACACAAUAGCACAAUGCACUUUGCUAAUGUCAAGUAGCUUGAGGGAGGGACAUAGGAGAUUGGUCUUACCAUAUAGUAAACUGUACUUUUGUCAUGAGAGUUGACACAGAGCGCAAAUAUGGUGAGUAUUUUCUCACAAUUGUAUGGGUAAUAUUAGUACUUUGAAACUGGCUUGUCACAUUUUAUUAAAAAUGGUACAAGAAAUUAUACUUAUUUGCUUAUACUCACAUUAAACAGACUGGUCUUAGUAUUAUCUUUUUUUUUUUUUUUUUGAUGUACUUACCUGCAAAAAGUAUAGUGUGACUCAAGAUCUGUUGUUUAGUUUAAGAUUGCAGAUAACCCUACCACCAAUAUCAGUGCUUGUAGUAAACUAAAACUACUUCAUAUUAAAAAAAAAAAUGGAUUUUAUUUCAGACAGUAAAAUUAUAACCCAUGUUUUGACCAUGUAUAAUAAUAAUUAAAGAAUAUAAAAAUUAAA